UUACGUGGCGCGGCCCUGACCAAUCGGCUGAGCGCUGAGCUGGACUUGGCGUGUGGGCCCCAUUUCGGCCUCUUCUCGCUGUGGGUGCGACCUGCGUCGGCCAGUUCCUUUUUAGAGUAUGGCAACAUAUCUGGAGUUUAUUCAGCAGAAUGAAGAACAGGAUGGUGUGCGUUUCAGUUGGAACGUGUGGCCUUCUAGCCGUCUUGAGGCCACGAGAAUGGUUGUUCCUCUGGCUUGUCUUCUGACUCCUUUGAAAGAACGUCCGGACCUCCCUCCUGUACAGUAUGAACCGGUGCUUUGCAGCAGACCAACUUGCAAAGCCAUUCUCAAUCCACUAUGGGUCACUAUUGAGGUUUCUGGUGUGGCCAUUGCUGAUGGAUCCUUCAUUGGUGUCUGCCCUACUCUUUUUCCUCCAGCCUAUACAGGCAUAUCUGAGGUGAAUCAACCUGCUGAGCUGAUGCCUCAUUUUUCUACAAUUGAGUACAUGGUGCAGCGAGGUGCUCAGUCCCCUCUGAUCUUCCUCUAUGUGGUUGACACAUGCCUGGAGGAAGAUGACCUUCAAGCCCUCAAAGAGUCCUUGCAGAUGUCCUUGAGUCUCCUUCCUCCAGAUGCUCUGGUGGGUCUGAUCACAUUUGGGAGGAUGGUACAGGUUCACGAGCUAAGCUGCGAAGGAAUCUCCAAGAGUUAUGUCUUUCGGGGAACCAAGGAUUUAACUGCAAAACAGAUACAGGAUAUGCUGGGCCUUAGUAAGCCAGCCAUGCUCAUGCAGCAAGCAAGACCCACUCAGCCACAGGAACACCCCUUUGUUUCAAGCAGAUUUCUACAGCCUGUUCACAAGAUUGACAUGAACCUCACUGAUCUUCUUGGGGAAUUACAAAGGGACCCGUGGCCAGUAACUCAGGGGAAAAGACCUUUACGAUCCACUGGUGUUGCAUUGUCCAUUGCUGUUGGCUUGUUGGAGGGCACUUUUCCAAACACAGGAGCCAGGAUCAUGCUGUUCACUGGAGGGCCCCCGACCCAAGGACCUGGUAUGGUGGUUGGAGAUGAAUUAAAGACUCCUAUUCGUUCAUGGCAUGAUAUUGAGAAAGAUAACGCACGCUUCAUGAAAAAGGCUACUAAGCACUAUGAGAUGCUUGCUAAUCGGACUGCUGCAAAUGGUCACUGCAUUGAUAUUUAUGCUUGCGCUCUUGACCAAACUGGACUUUUGGAGAUGAAGUGUUGUACAAAUCUUACUGGUGGUCAUAUGGUGAUGGGAGAUUCAUUCAACACUUCUCUCUUCAAGCAGACAUUCCAAAGAAUUUUCAGUAAAGAUUUUAAUGGAAAUUUCCGAAUGGCAUUUGGUGCUACUUUGGAAGUAAAGACCUCUCGGGAGCUGAAGAUUGCUGGAGCCAUUGGUCCGUGUGUCUCUCUAAAUGUGAAAGGACCUUGUGUAUCAGAAAAUGAGCUUGGUGUUGGUGGGACUAGCCAGUGGAAAAUCUGUGCUCUGGAUCCCACGUCUACUCUCGGCAUCUACUUUGAAGUAGCCAAUCAGCACAAUGCCCCAAUCCCCCAAGGAGGUAGAGGUGCCAUCCAGUUUGUUACCCAAUAUCAACAUUCCAGCACCCAGAAACGCAUCCGGGUUACUACCAUCGCCCGAAAUUGGGCAGAUGCACAGAGCCAGCUUAGGCACAUUGAAGCAGCAUUUGACCAAGAGGCUGCAGCAGUGUUGAUGGCACGACUUGGUGUAUUCCGAGCGGAGUCAGAGGAGGGGCCUGAUGUGCUCCGGUGGCUGGACCGACAGCUCAUCCGACUGUGUCAGAAGUUUGGACAGUAUAACAAAGAAGACCCCACUUCUUUUAGGUUGUCAGAUGCCUUCUCUCUUUAUCCUCAGUUCAUGUUCCACCUUAGAAGAUCUCCUUUCCUUCAAGUGUUCAACAACAGCCCUGAUGAGUCAUCAUACUAUAGGCACCAUUUUGGUCGACAGGAUCUAACCCAAUCCCUUAUCAUGAUCCAGCCCAUCCUCUACUCCUAUUCAUUCCAUGGGCCACCAGAGCCAGUCCUCUUGGACAGCAGCAGCAUUCUAGCUGACAGGAUUUUGCUGAUGGACACUUUUUUCCAAAUUGUCAUCUAUCUUGGUGAGACGAUAGCCCAGUGGCGUAAAGCUGGGUACCAGGACAUGCCUGAGUAUGAAAAUUUCAAGCACCUUCUGCAGGCACCACUGGAUGAUGCUCAAGAAAUUCUGCAAGCACGCUUUCCAAUGCCACGUUACGUUAACACAGAACAUGGAGGCAGUCAGUCUCGAUUCCUCUUGUCCAAAGUGAACCCAUCCCAGACACACAAUAAUCUGUAUGCUUGGGGACAGGAAACCGGAGCACCCAUCUUAACUGAUGAUGUUAGCCUGCAGGUUUUCAUGGAUCAUUUGAAGAAGUUGGCUGUGUCCAGUGCCAGUUAAGCUGAGGAGGAGGCCAGAGCGUUAGAUUGUGUGCCCACAAUUGAUUAUGAAGGCUUAAUAACAUCCUCUUAACUUUUCUGGCAGAUUGUAAUAAAGAAACUUUGUAUGUAGCUUUUUAGGUUAUAACUUAUUUGUAUUUCUUGUCUGUGCCUCUUUUCUUAUACCAUAAAAUUAUAUGACGAUAAAUGUUUUAGUACUUGUAGAUGUAUAUAUGCUUUCUAUAUCCUAACUUUCUGGUCUGUGUAAAAUGAGAGUUAAUGUAUGAGAGUAAGUAAAAAAAAAAUUGACCACUAGUGUUCCAUUUCAGACAAGCAUUCUUCAGAAUUUUUGUGUAAAAUGCAUAUUAUUAAAAAACUGAAUGAAUUAAAAAAUUUUUUGAACCAAAA